CAAGUGCCACUGGUCCUGAGUGAGGAGGUGCUGGGUCGGCUGGCGGGCGGGCUGGGCUUCGGCCCGCGCGCGGCGGGCGAUGCUGGGAGGCAGCUCCGGGGCCCGGGAGCGCGAGGCGGUGGGCGACGGGGCGGAGGCUGUGACGGCGCCGCCCGCCAUCGAGUUCCCGGCCGACGGCUCGGACCCCAAGUAUGAUGGGACCAACUUUGAUCAAAGUUCCUGUAUUUCCCCCCCCCCUCCGUGGAAUAGCAUGCAACAGGAGAGCAACAAAUCCGAUGUCCCAGCAGAACUCCAGGUAUUAAAAGGACCCCUGCAGCAGCUGACCUUCCCUUUCGCAGUUGCAAACCAACUCUUGCUUGUCUCUUUGCUGGAGCACUUGAGUCAUGUGCACGAACCAAACCCGCUCCGUUCAAGACAGGUGUUUAAAUUGCUUUGCCAGACCUUUAUCAAAAUGGGGCUGCUGUCUUCUUUCACCUGUAGUGAUGAGUUUAGCUCGUUGAGGCUACACCACAACAGAGCUAUUACUCAUUUAAUGAGGUCUGCUAAAGAGAGAGUUCGUCAGGAUCCUUGUGAGGAUAAUUCUCAUAUCCAGAAGAUCAGGUCCAGGGAAAUAGCCUUUGAAGCACAGACUUCACGUUACCUAAAUGAAUUUGAAGAGCUUGCCAUCUUAGGAAAAGGUGGAUACGGAAGAGUGUACAAGGUCAGGAAUAAAUUAGAUGGUCAGUAUUAUGCAAUUAAAAAAAUCCUGAUUAAUGGUGCAACUAAAACAGAUUGUAUGAAGGUCCUGCGGGAGGUGAAGGUGCUAGCAGGCCUUCAGCAUCCUAAUAUCGUAGGCUAUCACACUGCUUGGAUAGAGCAUGUUCACGUGGCCCAAACACAAGAUAGAAUUUCUAUUCAGCUGCCAUCUCUGGAAGUGAUUUCAGACGAGGAGAAUGACAGAAAUCAGCAUGUUAAAAAUGAUGAAAGUAACAGCUCAUCCAUUAUCUUUGCCGAGUUCACCUCAGAAAAAGAAAAGUCUUUAGGAGAAUCUGGCAUUGACAAUCAGAAUAACAGAUUGGUGAACUGUAGCACCAAUUUAAUCACAAGAACCGCCUGUGAAUUUGAAUCAUCCAGUUUGCUCCAAGGAAAUGGUUUGGCUGAUUUGCCUUCCAGAUCGAUUGUUGAACAUCAGCUGCCACUUAGGCAUCAUUCUGACUUAGAAGAGAAUUUCACAUCCACCGGGGAAUCUUCUGAAAACUUAAGUUUGUCGGGGCAGACAGAGGUGCAGUACCACCUGAUGCUGCACAUCCAGAUGCAGCUGUGCGAGCUCUCGCUGUGGGACUGGAUAGUUGAGAGAAACCAGCGGGGCCGGGAGUAUGUGGAUGAAUCUGCAUGUCCUUAUGUCAUGGCCAGUGUUGCAACAAAAAUUUUUCAAGAAUUGGUGGAAGGUGUAUUUUACAUACAUAACAUGGGAAUUGUACACAGAGAUCUGAAGCCCAGAAAUAUUUUUCUUCAUGGCUCUGAUCAGCAAGUAAAAAUAGGAGACUUUGGUCUGGCCUGCACGGAUAUCAUACAGAAGAACACAGACUGGAUCGAUAGAGACGGGAAGAGGACACGCACACACACGUCCAGAGUGGGUACUUGCCUGUACGCUUCUCCUGAGCAGUUGGAAGGAUCCGAGUAUGAUGCCAAGUCAGAUAUGUAUAGCUUGGGUGUGAUCCUGCUAGAGCUCUUUCAGCCGUUUGGAACAGAAAUGGAGCGAGUACACGUUUUAACUGGUUUAAGAAGUGGUCAGAUACCUGAAUCCCUCAGUAAGAGGUGUCCCGUGCAAGCCAAGUAUAUCCAGCACUUAACUAGAAGGAAUGCAUCUCAGAGACCCUCUGCUGUUCAGCUGCUGCAGAGUGAACUUUUCCAAAAUUCUGGAAAUGUUAAUCUCACCCUACAGAUGAAAAUACUGGAGCAAGAAAAAGAAAUCAAAGAACUAAAGAAGCAGCUGAGUCUCCUUUCUCAGGACAAAGGGGCCAAGGAUGACAUGAAAGAUGGGGGUGUUCCUGUCCUGCCUUAAUUAGACUCUGUAAAUGUGAAUGUGGACUUCUAAUUCUUGAAAUAGUCAACUGGAAUGUAAAUUUUGUCUUUGUUAGGGUAUAGAUGGUAUAGUUCUAUUUAGUGAGCCUGGACAAGACUUGUAAGUUGUAGAAGUUCCCCCAAACUGUUUCCUUAAGGAAUUCUUUUAUGAUCCAGCACUUUGAACUGAAACCUGCUCUAAACUAAAGCUAUUUUGGGGCGCCUGGGUGGCUCAGUCGGUUGAGCGACUGCCUUCAGCUCGGGUCAUGAUCCCAGGGUCCCACAUCAGGCUCCCUGCUCGGUGGGGAGCCUGCUUCUCCCUCUACCUCUGUCUGCUGCUCUGCCUACUUGUGCUCUGUUAAAUAAAUACAAAUCUUAAAAAAAAAAAAAAUUAAACCUAUUUUGCUCUUUUCCUUCUUGUAUCCCAGACUCAUAAUUUUUACUAUCACUGUCCAGUCUCUGACUUAGACACCAUCCUCACUUCUCCCUCCUUGAACUCUGCCUGUUGACCACGUAGCCCGCCCCUAGAAUGUUCUACCGCACAGAUCCAGGUAUGCGCCCCUACCCCGUCACUGCCCAAGCCCAGGCCUGCACGUUCGCUGGACUGUUCCAGUUGUGACAGCUGCAUGUUAGUUACCAGAAAGACAUCUGAUGAGUUCACUCCCUGGCUCAAAAGCUGGCUCUUUGUUGCCCCUGAGAUACAACUUCAUCUCAGCAGUGCAGCGUACAUCAUCCAACCUUUCUGUUCUCUUCACCUUCAGCUUGGCAUCACUUCAGAAUCAUGCCCUUUCUAAGCUUUGUGCCUCUUGCCCCCAAAUCAUCUAAAUCAUCUCAAAGUAGCUCUGGUGGGACUGUUCGUUUUCGCUCCUGUACUGUUCCCACGGUGUCCCCUUUAUUCAGCACUCAACUCCCCACCAACCUACGUUCCUUAAAGGCCCCAAUGGGAUACGUUCAUUUUUGUAUCUAAAAAAUAUGUCUGCCAUGUUGCUGGCAGGUGUCCUGGUAUACUGCCCACGACGUGGCUGAAUUUUAAAUAAAGCGAAACCCACAAAUUA